AUGGGAAAUAAAACUUUAACCAUAUUCGGACAGAAACAAUCGUCCUUUACUAAACAGAAGAGCAGCAGUUCUCAACCUGGUACACCGACAACUCCGAUAGACAACAGUAGAAGUUUUGAAUCAUUUCUACUGGUCUGGCUUUCUCCAGACGUUAAUACAAAUCCUGGAAAUUUAGCGACGCAGGCAAAAUUACGUAACAUCAUUACGUCAUUGAUAACGUUUUCCGACUGUGAACAGUGUGAGCAAUGGAUAAGUAAAGAAGAAAGCAACGUGGAGAAAAUUAUAUUUAUCGUAUCUGGCACCUUCGGACAGAAGAUUCUACCUAAAAUUCACGGUUUACAACAAUUAAUCGCUGUUUAUGUCUACUGUGCGAAUGUUAAACGACAUGAAGGAUGGGCAUCGAAUUAUACAAAGGUACGAACCGUAGUUUCAUUAACGGAUAAGUUAAUCGAACAAAUCUCCCUUGACCAAAAUUGUCGAGAGCUAAUGGAAGACACAAAAGCUCUCCAUUUUACGAAGACUGAUGAUUUCUUGAACAAUCCUCAUUUUGUGUGGUAUCGAUUGUUUAUAGAUUUAUUAUUACGUACUGGUGUUCAACCUUCUAAAUCAGACUUCGUUUGUAUGUUAGAACAAUAUACAAAGAAUGACGUCGAGGGUAAAUCAUUAGUUAAAGAGUUCAGCAAAACGUAUGAUUGGAAUCGUGCUUUGUGGUGGUACACACGUGAUACUCUGCUUAAUCGUCUUGUUAACAAAGUUCUUCGUGAGCAGAACAUUGAAAUGCUGUUCAUACUCCGUUUCUUGUUGGUAGACAUUUAUAAACAGUUAAAAUAUAUUUCGGAUUUUAAACGUGGUCAAGAGCACAAACUUCUAGUGUAUAAAUUAUUGCCGAUAACGAAAGAAGAACUAAACAAGAUGAAAUCAAAUAUCGGACAGUAUUUAUGUAUGAACGGCUUUUUGUUUGCUACCCGAGAUUCAAAAUUGGCUGCUGAACAAGCAAAACUUUUCACUGUUGCAAAUGGUGAAUUUGUUCUAUUAGAGAUUGACGUCGAUCUGAAUGUUAAUUAUAUGAUACCUUUUGGUGAUAUAAGUCAUUUAAGUUAUGAUCAAAACCCUGUCAACCAAUUCUUAUUUAUGUGCGGCUCCAUAUUUCGAAUUAAAUUCGUGGAUUCUCCUAAUAAAACAAAAACAUGGACUAAAGUUCAAUUGUUAUUAGCCGAUCGAAAUCAUGAACUAGACAAAGUACGAUACAAAUUUGAGGGGGAACAAGAUCCGCUUUUAAUUGGACAUUAUCUAGAAGAAGCUGGCGAGCAUAAUAAAUGUGAAAUAUUUUAUGAAAGAAUGCAGCAAGAAUUACCAAAAGAUAGUUUGGCUGCUAAAUCCUGUCAAGAACAAUUGAACCUAAUUCGAAAUAGUAACAAGGAGCCGAUCAAAUCCUCAAAAGAGAUAACAGUUCAACAGAAAGAAAACGAAUCAUAUAUUUUAAAAACAAAAUUCAUCCUUUUCGAAUUAAAACCGCAUUUAACCGAAACUACAAAGUCAAUAUUAACAAUAUUACAAAAACUCGUUCCAAACUCUAUAGAAAUAUUUGAAACAGCAACUGAAUACGAGAAGUUUUUAAAAUCGACAAGUAACAGUCAAAUUAUUGUGUUUACCGAUGGAAAAUAUGCGUCAAAAUUUGUGUACGAUAAACAAAUUGAUAUGCAAGUGUACAUGUUGUGUGAAAACAAAAUAGAUGUUCAUACACAUUCAAAAUGUAUAAAAGACCAAUUCGAUAAUAUUGAUGAUUUACUGUGUCAAUUGACUGAUGAAAUUGUAUGCGCAUAUCAUAAAGAAGCUAAAGAAGAUGAAAAUCGGGGCGAUUCGAUCAAAGCAAAGGAGAAGCUUGCAAAAGCUGAACAAGUACACUCAGAAGCAAUGAACGUGUACAAUCAACAAUUGGAACCCGAAGCUCAUAAAGAUUCUUCGACAUUACCACCUAUUUACAUUCGUUGGCUCGGUAAUAGACGUGACGGUAACAAUCGUGUUUUGCACGAAAAACUCAACCAGAUGCCAUUUUUACCAGAUUUACGGUUUGAUGCAAAUUAUGGGAUGUGUCGUAUAUCUACUGUUCUUCUUCAUGCAGCUGACUCAAAUGAGGUGUACAUCGCAAUUGAACUGAAUAAUAUCGGUGUCCUUACAUUCAUUAGAUUUUUCGACAAUACCAGGGACUGUGAACAAUUCAUCGCAAAUAAUCCAACAAAAGAGAUUACCCUGUUCACAUCGAGUCGGAAUUUAGCAUCAUGCAUCCCUACCUUGAAUAACAGAGUUACCAAACAACUUGCGACCAUCUAUGUAUUUUGUGAAACGGUGGAUCAGUUCAACUCUACGACAAGAUGGUCUCGUCGUUAUAAGAAAAUUUGUACAGUAAUGAUGUACAAUGACCUAGAGUAUACUCUUAUUUGGUAUGGUAUUAAUCACUGCAAACGUGUUCGGAGCGAAAAUAUACAGAAUGUAGGAUUUGCUGAAAUAGUUCGAAGGGAUGCAGAACAAUUAGCUCUAGCAUUAGCCGAAUAUUUUCAACAACAAGAAAAUAAUGUAGUCCAAGAGGCUGUGCAAGUAUCAUAA